AUGGCAGCGGCGGUGGCCGGGAGCGACGACACAAGUGCCUGGCCUUGCAGCCGGGGCGGCCAGCAGCCGCACCGGUGUGAGGAGUGCGGGGCGGGCUUCCGGCAGCCCAGCGAGCUGUCGGCCCACCGGCUGAGCCACCGCGGCGCCCGGCCCUUCGCCUGCGCCGACUGCGGCAAGCGCUUCACCCGCUCGUCCCACCUGCUGACCCACCGGCGGGUCCACACCGGCGAGCGGCCCUACAGCUGCGCCGUCUGCGGCAAAGGCUUCAACCAGUCCUCCAACCGGCUGCGGCACCAGCGCGUCCACGCCGGCGAGCGGCUCUUCAUCUGCCCGCGCUGCGGCGACGGCUUCACCGACUCCUCCACGCUGCUGCGGCACCAGCGGCUCCACACCGGCGAGCGCCCCUUCGCCUGCCCCGAGUGCGGCAAGGCCUUCACCCGCUCCUCCCACCUGCGGACCCACCGGCGUCUCCACACGGGCGAGCGGCCCUACCCGUGCCCCGAGUGUGGACGCCGCUUCACCCAGUCCUCCCACCUGCUGACCCACCGGCACGUUCACGCCGCCGAGCGCCCCUUCCGCUGCCCGCUCUGCGGCCGUGGCUUCGUCCAGCUCUCCCACAUGCUGAGCCACCGGUUCACUCACACCAAGGAGGGCGGCCCACCCAGCCCGCCCGGCGCCGAGGAGAGCGCGGGAAUCUCCGAGGAUUUGCCGCAGCAGAAGCCCGGCUGA